AUGGAACGCAAACGCGCUAAAAAAGAUCUUGAAUCAGCUGCGGAUUCACCACUUUCAAAACAUCUCAGAUUGUUGGUCGUAUUGAGCAAAGUUGAAAAUCUACCAGCCAUGAUAACUUUUGUACAACUUUUACAACCUAACAAUGAGUCUCCCAAAUCCGCUUUACAAAUUUCAGAUGAAAAUUCUGAGCUAGAUACUACUAAAGUUAUUAAACCUAUGAAUGUUCAUGUUUUACGUUUCGUCGAGCUUACGCAACGUAUGUCGGCGGUUAUGAAGUUUAAUGAAAUUUCGGAAACUAUUUUACAUGAUCCGAUCAUGAAUAUGUUUUCUGCUCUUAGUCAAGUUAGUUCGGUAAAGGUCGAUGCAAAAUUAUCUGUUGCUGCUCAAAAGGAAUUUUGUCAGGAAAUUAUUGAUAAGGUACAGGAUGCUGACAUUAAUCUAGUAAUAAUUCCAUGGAGUGGUGCCGGUGAAAUAGUUGACACGCCAAUUGAAAAUAAAGAUCAUGCACCGCGCGAGAAAAAAAGCACAAGUCCACAGGUUGCAGGUUUUGUUCAGGACGUUUUUAAUGCGGCAACAGUUUAUGCAAACGUAGGAGUGUUUGUGGAUCGUGGCUUUGGUAGCACUGACAACACACGUGCACUUCCUAAUCCUAGUGGUUAUCUUAAUAUUUUUAUACCUUUCUUUGGUGGUGCUGAUGAUCGUGAGGCACUCACUUUCGCUUUUAGAUUACUUGAAUAUCCAAAUGUCAAUGUAACUGUAGUGAGAGUAAUAAAAUCUGAAAAACCUACCGACAACGAUGUCACUUUAUUAAAAUCUGAUGUUCAAUCCGAGACUAGCAAUGUAGACGACGAAAAAGAUCGACCUCCACUUAAUCGACAAAUUUCAACUAUAACUAUUAGCGAAGCUGUAGCAAAUAAGGAAAAUGAAGAGGAUGAAUCAUUUUUAGAAACGCAUUUAAAAUCGAAAUCUGGAUAUCCUGCACAAAAUGCACGUAUAAGUUACCAAGAAGUUUCUUCUUAUACACCAAUACAAACUGCUGUUGAACGUGCCAAAGAAGUUGUCAACAGAAAAGAUUUAGUUGUUGUAGGGCGUAGUCGUCAUUCGCAUGUGAAUGAACGUCAUCACCAUUAUGAAUUUGGGGAAUUAAUUAAAAAUUUAGGAAAUUAUGGCAACGAUACACAUAAAUCUUUAGGUUAUGUUUCCGAAGCAUUUUUAGUUGGAGGUGUUAUGGCAAGUCUUUUGGUGUUACAAGCAAAGCAAACAAAAUGA